CCGGCCCAGCGUCUUUGUGUGGUCGCAUGCGGCUGUUCCCGUCACCAGGCUCACCCAAACACAAGCUCUAACCCUCAUUUCUCUAAUGUUGCCACGAUUUAACGGAUAGAAUCUACUUCCUUGGCGAGAUAAGAGACUAAUUAACAUCCAAGCGCAUAUCCUGCGGAGUUGCAAUAGCGUAAUCAGUGUGCACAGACUUAGUUCCAGACCGGCGUUGAUCAGCUGAUCUGACAGAGAACAGCGGCGGCGUUGGUGGUGGAGUUAUACUGGCACAGUCAUGGAAAACCAGCCAUAAUUUCAACGUCUCGGGUUUCAUCGUUCUAGUAUGCAGUGAUUGAUGUCUGCUCCACCCACUGGUGCCCUCGGGUCUGACUCUGUCCCCGUGUCUCCCCCUCUUCCCCCCAUUACAACUGGUCCCCAAACCCCAACAACCUCUCCAGUUCCCUCAACUGGUUCUGCCCCCAUCACGCAGAGUUCCAGUGGCACCACACGGCAGUCCAAUUCUUCACGGUCCUCAGUUGUAAGCGAGGCACGUUCAUCCAACCCCAAGAUGUCAAAGGCACUCAGUACAAGUGCUAAAAGGAUACAAAAGGAACUAGCAGAGAUAACAUUGGACCCUCCACCCAACUGCAGUGCUGGACCUAAGGGGGACAAUCUAUACGAGUGGGUCUCCACUAUCCUGGGACCCCCUGGCUCUGUUUAUGAAGGGGGUGUCUUCUUUCUCGACAUUCACUUUUCGGCAGAGUAUCCAUUUAAGCCACCUAAGGUUUUGUUCCGGACUCGAAUCUAUCACUGCAAUAUAAACUCUCAAGGUGUGAUUUGCCUGGAUAUUCUCAAGGACAAUUGGUCACCUGCACUCACCAUCUCAAAGGUCCUUCUCUCCAUCUGCUCCUUACUGACUGACUGCAACCCAGCGGAUCCACUGGUAGGGAGCAUUGCCACUCAGUUCCUCCAGAACCGAGAAGAACACGACAGAAUUGCUCGGCUCUGGACCAAACGAUAUGCUACGUGAUCACUUGUCUCUAAUGUCAACAGGGUAUUAAAACAUCUCUUGCACCAUGCCAUUUUGUGUUUUAGCCUGACUGAGGAAAUUGAAAUUUAAUUAAUUAUUUAUGUAGGUGUACCGAUGUAUUAUUCAGAGGAUUAGCUGGAGAUAGAAAUUCUGAAAAAUUUUUAUGGCAUGGUGGAAAAGAUUGUGGUCAUCGUUCAUUACCUCAUUUUCCAAUAUUUCCAUGCUUUGUCAAGCUCACUCGUGUUUUGUUUCUGUAUCAAUAUGGUAUUGAUGGAACUGAAUCUUUUCAUUGAUUCACAGACAUUUGUUUUUAUUUAUUUGUUUUUUGUUUGGUUACUCAUGACAGUAUUUUGAGGACAACAUUAUUCAUCCUAGUAUAAUUUGGCACAAUUCACAUUAGUGGCAGUGCACUGUCUCCAUCUGAACUUGCCACAUAGCUGCCUCUUGUAGAUAGCUUCCAGUCUGUCUAUAGUAACAGUGCCACUAGUCUACUAGCAGUUGCCACUAGUCUAUUUGCAGUGUUACCCAAUUGAUGUUUCAGCCUUCAGAGAAAGUGCUCUUUCCCCAAGGUUUUGUAAGGGAGCAGUGCUCUUUUCUCAUUGUUUGGGGGGAGCAGAUGCUGCCUCACAAUUUUGAGGGAGGAAAUGGUGUGUUCAUUGUUGACAUUUAUGCUGCUCCCACAGGGUAAAUUGAGCCUGCAAAUUCUGUCAACAUAACAUUGUGAGGGACCCCCUUUUAUUCCCACACUUAUGAGGAAUCAUAUGGGCCCCUAAAGUGUUGUAACGAUUUGGUGUAAUUACAAGUGUCAUGAGAGAUCCCUACAGUACUUUGAAGGAUGAAAUCUUGCCUCUGGUGCUGUGAAGCAUCAGAAGUUAUUCCUAUAGUUCUGUGAGGGAUGAAGUGCUACUCCUCAUGUGAGAGAGAGCAAGUUCCAUGCACUGUGUGUUAUGAGGGAUUAAUUGCCAUCAGAUUAUGAGUGAGGUGUCAGAAAUACUCUUACAAAAAAUUACAAGGCAAUGAGCACUGUGCCCAGUGUUUUGGAUUUAUUAUAAUUUUGCUUUAGAUAAAUUUAUUAACAAAAUGUGUGUUAAAUUAGGUGGAAUGUAUUGUAACAAGAAUAUUCAUUAUGUUUAAAUUGACAGAUGAAUGUUCAGUGGGUCAAUGUGUAACAGAGGCAUUAUUUGUAUCAAAACAUUGUUAAUUGAAAUGUUGAAGGAUUAGUCAACCUGGAACAUAUUCAUAUGGAACAUCACUAGACAUAAGAAUAACCAUAAGUCAUUUUGAUUUUAGGGUUGAUAAUGAGAAAAUUUCCAUCUCUGGAUUUGUUGUUUCCAUGUGGACUGUGUGUUUGAGCUGCCUCAUGUAACAUCACUGAAUCUUCUCUGGCUGUGAGUUAGCAAUGAAUGUGAGUGAAGUGAGAGAUGGAGUUGCUGAGAAUUUCUUCACUUUCAUGUAUUUUGUUUAAGUUGCUCAGUGAUGUAACUUGGCCAAAUGAGUUUAGCUUUUACUGUUGCUUUGUGAACUGGAGAACUUAAUUUUCAGAAUGUCCCCUUUGUCAUGCAACAAUACCUCAUUAUUUUGCCAUUAUAUGUGUUCUGUGUAGACAUGUAGCGAACUCUAUAAUUAAAGGAAAUGCACAAUG